AUGAUAAAAAGAUGGCUAUCUGUGAAUAAGAAAAAGUCAGAAUCAGAAAAGGGUACACAUUGCAAUGGUGAAGUCAGUCGAAAAACAACUAACGUGAAAAGGAACAAAGGCUUUGGAGGUCCAACCUUAGGAAAACCAUCAAGUACUAAGAGUAGUAUAUCAAGCCUACCUUCCAAUCCUACAAGCAAUGAAAGAAAAAGUAAGUCCAAUGUCCAUGCGGAUAACGCGGCGGACCAUAAACACCAUCACAAUGCGAAUGAAAUAGGAUGUGAUUCUCCUAUCACAUAUGAAGAUCGAGCGUUAGGUACAGAGUCCUCCAUUCUUUUCACUGCUAUGACAGAUCUAAUGCCGUAUGGAGACGGGUCCAACAAGGUGUUUGGUUAUGAAAAUUUUGGGAAUACAUGCUACUGUAACUCUGUUUUACAAUGUCUUUAUAAUAUCUCCGAAUUCAGGUGUAAUGUGCUACGAUAUCCUGAAAGAGUACCUGUAGUAAGUAGAAUACGCAAAAGCGAUUUAAAUGGCUCAAAAGCAAGGAUAUUUACCAAUGAAAGUUUCGAAGCGUCCACCAACGGAGGAAAUUCGAAUUCAGGGAGCCAAAACAAUGUUAAUGAAGAUGUGUAUAACCAUCACCAUAUCCAGCAUAGUGAUCAGGAUAAUUCUUCAUCUUCUACUCAGGAAAAACAGAAUAGCAAUGAAAAGAAAAGGAACUCAUUUAUGAAUUUUGGGAAGAAUAAGUCAAAUGCUAAAGAUUCCACGAAGAAAGAUGAUAAUAACGAGAUGGAACCUCAGCCUGUACAUACAGUGGUCAUGGCUUCAGACGCAUUAACAGAAAAGCUUCACGAAGGCUGCAAAAAGAUUCUUGUUGGAAGAUCUCUCCCAAAGCAGGGCGAUGUCCCCUCAAAAACUACAAAUGCAGAUUACCAAGCUAAUUCUCACCAUCAAUUAAACAUGCAAAACACUAAAACUGAAUCAACAGGCGAUGAUGGUUUUGUUAACUGUGAAGAUCUUGACCAGACUGUCAACAAAUCCACCCGGGAUAAAGAGAGCACAUUUCCGACAAGUGAACAAAGGAAAAAGGCUGCUUUAAUUAGAGGACCUGUUCUUAACAUAGAUCAUUUGUUUUAUCCGAACGAGGAAGCUACGCUCUAUAAUGGUCUAAAAGAUAUAUUUGAGUCUAUAACUGAGAACUUGUCACUGACAGGGAUAGUCUCACCUACUGAAUUUGUCAAGAUUUUGAAAAAAGAAAACGUUUUGUUCAAUACCAUGAUGCAACAAGAUGCCCAUGAAUUCUUAAACUUUUUAUUAAACGAUUUCAGUGAAUACAUUGAACGCCGCAAUUCUGGUAUGCAAUUCGGGCCUAAAAAAGAUAUCGUUAACGCCAACGAUAACUUCAUAGCCGAUUUAUUCAAAGGAACACUGACGAAUCGAAUCAAGUGCUUAACCUGCGACAACAUCACUUCAAGAGACGAGCCAUUCUUGGAUUUUCCUAUAGAGGUACAGGGUGAUGAUGAGACUGAUAUUCAAAAGAUUUUGAGAAGCUACCAUCAACGGGAGAUGUUGAAUGGGGUCAACAAGUUUUAUUGUAACAAAUGCUAUGGUUUACAAGAGGCGGAACGCAUAGUUGGUUUGAAGCAAUUGCCUUACAUUCUGUCGCUACAUUUGAAAAGAUUUGAGUAUUCAGAAGGGCAGCAGUCAAACAUCAAACUGUUUAACAAAAUACUUUAUCCAUUAAGCUUAGAUGUCUCUUCCACUUUUGAUUCAUCGAUAUCCAAAAAAUAUGAAUUGAGCGGCGUCGUUAUUCAUAUGGGGAGUGGCCCACAGCAUGGUCAUUACGUUUGCAUUUGCAAGAAUGAGAAGUUUGGGUGGCUUUUAUAUGACGACGAAACGGUAGAAUCCAUAAGAGAAGAGACUGUACUAAAAUUUACUGGUCAUCCUGGUGACCAAACAACAGCAUAUGUCCUAUUCUAUAAAGAAACCCACGUGAAUGAGGCUGAUAACCAAACUGAGGUUACAGACCAUCUAGAUAAAACUAAAAGGCAGACUGAGAACAAUAUAGAGCAAUUAAUAAAAUGCGACGACUGGUUGAGGAGUCGUGCAUUGAAGGCAACAGCCAAUAUCGAACGUAAAAAAACCUUAAAAGAUAUACCUGAAAUUAAAGCAGCUGAAGCCAAGGCGUCUGUUAAUGCCGCUGUCAAAAAACGUAUGAAACAAAAAAGAAAAUCAAGAAUAUUAAGUUUCAUUAAAUAA